CAGAAUUUAAGGAGCGAAAAUCAUUUGUUGUUGGACUUAUAGGUUGGAUGUAGGUCUAGUAAACGCGACUGAUCUGUUGUCAGUGGGAAUUAACUGUAUGGAGAUUACAGGGAAAAGGAUUAUUUUUUAAAGUAUGGAGUCACCACCUGACCUGGAAGCUGUUUACCAGGCUGUGUAUUCAUUGUAUAAUAAUUCGAAUCCGUCGGGGCCAGGGAAAACGUCUCAAUGGUUGGACGAAUUACAAAAAUCGGUGUUUGCAUGGAAGAUAGCGGAUGAAAUGUUGCAGCAGAAGCGUGAUGUUCAGUCUUGUUAUUUUGCUGCACAAACAAUGCGCACAAAAAUACAACUAUGCUUCCAAGAAUUACCUGCAGAGGCUCACAUUUCUUUGAGAGAUUCAUUAAUGAAUCACAUAUCACAAACUAAUGAAAAUACAAAUUCAGCUAUUGUUACACAGUUAUGCCUAGCAUUGGCAGAUCUAGCACUGCAAAUGUCUUCUUGGCAAAAACCGGUUGUGGACUUAAUUAAUAGAUUUGGUGGGUCCACAACUAGUCUGUGGCCACUGCUCGAAGUAAUGACUGUAUUACCAGAGGAAGUAAAUUCACGAUCUCUUAGACUAGGAGCCAAUCGCAGACAACACAUAUUACUUGAACUAAAUGCAAGUGUAGAUACAGUAACAGAAUUUUUGAAACUGUGUUUAAAAAAUGGUGGAGAUAAUGUACAAAUUCGCGUUACGAUUCUUAGAUGUUUUAUAAGUUGGAUCGCAGUGCAUGCUAUACCCCUUGUACCUACGAGCGACGUUAUUGUGUAUACUCUCCAAAUACUUGGAAACCACAUGAUUGGAUCUCAAUUACACGAAGCGGCCGCUGAUUGCAUAUGCGUAAUUUUACAAGUACUCGAAGAAGACAGUAAUAGCAAUCGUGAUAAUAAUAGCGAAUCGAAUAUACAGUUACAACAGUUGCAACUAUGGCUUUUCACUAGCGUAAUGGCUUUAGAGCAGCCGUACCAUUUAUCCGUCGCGCACGAAGACAUGGACAAGUCGAUAAAUUAUUGCCGGAUUUUUACGGAAUUAGCUGAAACUUUCUUGGAAACGAUGAUAAGCGGCUGCGUGGGAGGAAAGCAACAUUAUGCUAUCAAAAUCCUUGACCUUGCCUUGGUAUGUGUUGGACAUCAUGAUUACGAGGUAGCACAAAUAACUUUUAAUCUGUGGUACCGUUUAUCGGAAAUUCUCUACCAAAAAAACAGCGAUGACCUUAAUGCAGUGUUCCGACCUCACAUCGAGAGAUUAAUCGGGGCGUUAUGUAGGCACUGUCAAAUGGAACCAGAUCAUCUGGGUCUGGUAGAAGAGGGUGCUGGCGGCGAAGAGUUUGCGGAUUUCAGAAAUCGUGUCUCGGAGUUAAUAAAGGAUGUCGUGUUUGUUGUCGGAAGUAGUCACUGUUUCCGUCAAAUGUUUUCCUCCUUGACGGGUGGUCCAGGCCCACAAGGCCAAGCCAACCAUGUGCCCACGUGGGAUUCGACCGAAGCCGCGUUGUUUGUAAUGCAGGCGGUUGCAAAAAACAUUUUACCAAAAGAAAACGACGUAGUUCCAAAAGUGGUAGAAGCUAUUUUAAAUUUACCUGAAAACACACACAUAGCCGUGCGUCACACAAGUAUCCUUUUACUAGGGGAACUUUGUGAAUGGAUAGAUAAUCAUCCUCAGUCUUUGGAGCCUGUUCUAAACUUUCUCUUGAGUUGCUUGAGCCAAAAAGGUUUAGGAAGCGCGGCUUGCAGCGCGUUACUGAGCAUAUGCACAGCCUGUCCGUUGCAUAUGGCGUCGCACUUCCCGGGACUAUUGCAAAUUGCACGUUCCCUCGACAGUUUUGCUAUCAGUAACGACGCAGCCAUCGGUUUACUCAAAGGUGUUGCAUUAAUCAUGUCUAGUUUACCGUGCGAAGAAAUUACCCAAGCGAUGAAGGAGUUGUGUUGGUUCCAAGCUAGACCGCUGUGUGAAAUUAUGGAACGUAGAAUUCCAAUUGAAAUAGGAACAAAGACUGAUCCUGUGAUAUGGUUAGAUAGAUUAGCCGCUAUAUUUAGGCAUACUGAACUUCGAAUUAAGUAUCCUAAUGAACCUCAUCCGUGUCAGAGCGCGGUCACAGAAAUGUGGCCGAUAUUGUCAAACGUAUGUACGGCAUAUCAACAUGACGCUAAAUUGAUGGAAAGAUGCUGUCGUUGUUUGAGAUUCGCUGUCCGCUGUGUAGGAAAACAUUCCGCCCAUCUUCUCGAGCCACUCGUAAAACAGAUCGUGCAAUUAUACGCAGCGCAUCAACACAGCUGCUUUUUAUACCUUGGUUCGAUAUUAGUUGACGAAUACGCCACCGAUUCAGAAUGUGUCUCUGGUUUAUUAGCAAUGCUCGAAGCAUUUAUUGGGCCUACCUUUAAUAUCCUUCAGCAACAAGAUGGACUAAAGAAUCAUCCUGAUACGGUGGACGAUCUUUUUAGAUUAUGCGCUAGGUUCCUUCAAAGGGCGCCUAUUCCCUUAUUACACUCGGCUAUAAUAGGAAGUAUAAUUGAUUGUGCCUUAAUGGCCUGUAGUUUAGAUCAUAGAGACGCAAACGUUUCGGUAAUGAAAUUCUUUUACGAUCUUGUACAUUGUGGACGUAAUUAUGAGAAGCGAUCAGAUUAUACGACACGACAAGUACUGGUACAACGUAUAUUAAGAGAAAAAGGACAAACGUUAGUCGUGAGACUGCUCCAUGCAUCCGUAUUCUCACUACCAGCGUACAUGUUGUCGGACGUAGCGGACGUUUUUGUUGAACUUUCUUUGACUAAUAGAGAAUUGUUAUCGAAAUGGUUAGAAGAAGCCAUCAAAAUGAUGCCCUCGCAAAACGCAGGUGGCUCCCCCACGGCGCAACCCGAACAAUUAUUUGAAUUUCAUAGUACUGUUACAAGCGCGGACACGUCAAAACCCGUAACUCAUGCCUUACGAAAUUUUGCACGCUUGUAUCGUUGAUGCAUUUCGUUGUAAAACUAAGGUUACGAACGUCAAAAUUAUAAACAGCAAAAGUCUUGCAGGAUCCUUCGAUUAAUCAAUACAUUUGAAGGUAUCAAAGACACAAGAUUACUGUAAAAUGGUGAGUGUUACGGUGUAUAAAUGUAUUUACAAAAGUUUUCAAUACUUUGUAUUUGUUUACUAUCUACACAUUCCUUUGCAAAGUAUGUAAAAAAAGGUAACAGUUAGCGUUCCCUUCUUGUAAAAUAAAUUUAUUAAUUUUACACAGAAGCAAUGCAUUUAGCGACACAGUUUUUUUAUCGCGAACAUUUCCCCCCCCCCGAAUAAUUACUACGAAACGAAGAACCUCAUUUCACGCUACGUGCUUUUAAUUAUUUUUAGUAAUUUUACGCAUAGUUUUAUCGUAUUUGUCCCCAUGGAGAGUGAUAUCCGGAUUACCUAUUACAUUAGGUAUAUAUCUAGUCAAUUGUAAAGGUAUUCAACAUUACGCAUACUUUGUAGAUAACGUGCAGGUAGUAAACAUUAAAAAAAAAAAAGAACAGAAUGAUUAUAUAUUUUCGUGCUUUCCAUUUUAUUUACACAGACAACCUUACAAUGGAAUGCUAUUAAAUCCACCCCCCUACCCUCUUAUAAAAAAAAAACUCUCGAACGUGUGCUAUUCGAUUUGUCUCUUAUGGUAAACUGAAUUGUGUUAGGUUACAUGAUUUUACAAUUACAUUUUUAAUACUCCAACUAUCCUGUUACGAGAUAUCACUUCCAGACGUGAGUUUUCUUAUAUAUAACAUGGAGAGCAAGUAAUGUAAUUUACGGAAACGAAUUUUUAGUGAUCGUCUAGCUUAUAAACUUACAAGACUUUACGUAAAUAAGAAUUGAAUACAACACGGACACAAAUCGAUCGUGUGUAUGUAUUUAAACAAACAAAA